CUCUUGUCUUUGGGUUUCAUCAGGGGUUUGGGGCUGUAACACAUUACCUAGUAGAGACGUCUUUGAUCUUCCUUGUUUCUUCAAUCAAAUUCUCGGUGAACUUUACUGUUUAGUAUUUGGCUUAUAUAUAGUUUCAUUAAAUGCAUUUGUAGUUUCACAUUUUUCUUCCAAUUUUAGCAGUAUAGAUGUACGUGUGCACACAUAAAUAUACUAUACUUUGUUUUGGGGAUUCAGAUAUCUGAGUUUUAGUGAGAAUAUAUAUACACAUACAUAUAUAUAUAUAUAUAUAUAUAUAUAUAUAUAUAUAUAUAUAUAUAUAUACACACACUUUAGGGAGUUUUGAUUGAUAAAUUUGAGUUUAAUUUCUGGAGAUUGGGUAGAAAAGAAUCAGAAGAACAAAAAGAAGAGAGAGAGAGAGUCAUGGCAAGUGGUGGAGGAUCUGCACCACGGCCCAAACAGGACGAGUUGCAACCACAUCCGGUGAAAGAUCAGCUACCCAAUGUUUCUUACUGCAUCACCAGCCCCCCUCCUUGGCCUGAGGCUCUAUUGCUUGGUUUCCAACACUAUCUUGUGAUGCUUGGCACAACAGUUUUCAUUCCCUCCACCUUGGUUCCCCAAAUGGGAGGAGGACAUGAGGAAAAAGCAAAGAUGAUUCAGACUAUACUGUUUGUGGCUGGCGUAAACACAUUUAUUCAGACAUUGUUUGGGACCCGAUUACCUGCUGUGAUUGGAGGGUCCUUUACCUUUGUGCCUACAACACUUUCAAUUGUAUUGGCCGGUCGAUACAGUGACAUUUUGGAUCCCAAAGAGAAAUUUGAGAGGAUAAUGCGGGGAAUCCAGGGAGCCCUUAUUGUUGCUUCAGCUCUUCAGAUUGUCCUCGGUUUUAGUGGCCUUUGGCGUAAUGUCACAAGGUUCUUGAGUCCACUAUCUUGUGUACCUUUGGUAGCUCUAACAGGAUUUGGGCUCUAUGAGUUUGGUUUUCCUCUGGUUGCAAGAUGCGUCGAGGUUGGACUGCCGCAGCUCUUCUUACUUGUUAUUUUUUCACAGUAUAUACCCCAUCUAAUGAGCGGGCAGAGGCAUGUCUUUCACCGAUUUGCUGUUAUUUUUUCGGUGGUGAUUGUUUGGAUUUAUGCUCAUCUACUCACUAUAGGUGGAGCAUAUAAGAACACGUCAUCAAUAACUCAAGCAAGCUGCCGAACAGAUCGUUCUGGACUUAUUGGUGCUUCUCCAUGGAUUAGAGUCCCCUAUCCAUUUCAAUGGGGAGCUCCUACAUUUCAUGCUGGAGAAGCUUUUGCAAUGAUGGCUGUUUCAUUUGUUGCCCUUGUCGAGUCUACUGGUGCCUUCUUUGCGGUGUCAAGGUAUGCCAGUGCUACUCCUUUGCCACCUUCUAUUCUCAGCCGUGGAGUUGGUUGGCAGGGUGUGGGCAUAUUAAUCUCUGGAGUAUUUGGAACCGGGAAUGGAUCGUCAGUGUCUGUUGAAAAUGCUGGUUUGCUAGCCGUGACAUGCGUUGGCAGCCGAAGAGUUGUGCAGAUAUCUGCUGGAUUUAUGAUAUUCUUUUCCAUACUUGGGAAAUUCGGAGCUAUCUUUGCUUCAAUUCCAGCGCCAAUCAUUGCAGCUUUGUAUUGCAUUUUCUUUGCUUAUGUGGGUUCGGCAGGUCUCGGUUACCUCCAGUUUUGCAAUUUAAAUAGGUUCAGAACAAAGUUUAUAUUGGGGUUCUCAUUUUUCAUGGGCUUAUCAAUACCACAGUAUUUCAAUGAGUACACAGUAGUUAACGGUUAUGGUCCUAUCCAUACCCGAGCAAGAUGGUUCAAUGAUAUGAUCAAUGUGCCAUUCUCAUCGGAAGCAUUUGUUGCCGGCUUUUUGGCGCUGUUCCUAGACGUCACACUGCAUCGCAAAGACAGUGAAAUUCAGAAGGACAGGGGCCUGCAUUGGUGGGACAAGUUCCGGACAUACAAGACGGAUACACGGAGUGAAGAGUUCUAUUCCCUGCCCUUCAAUCUCAACAAGUUUUUCCCAUCAGUUUGAUUCUAGGGUUACGGUUCUGAGACAAUGUGAUCAAGGCAUGCUCCCUCAAGAAUAGCUCAUUGUCGUCAAAAUUUCAUAUCCUUUUAAAAGGCAAUAGUUAAAAUGUCUUCUUUUUGAAAGCAUUCUGUUGAGAAGUCUUCUCCUUUUUAUAUCCAUAUGUCAAACUGGUGAAGUAUAGCAUGAUGGUAUUACUUAUUUCAUUAAACAGAUGCUACAAAAUUCCUUGA